AAACAUCCGACGAAUAUGCGUCAGAUAUUGUGGGAUGUUAAGCAGGAUUGCACCUCGAGAAAGGCAGGUUUGAGAAAUUUCGAAAGGCGGAGCGUAUCCUAGUAGCACAAUAUAUUGGCGCAAUAUUGGGAAAUAAUGUAAAUCUAUAGUAUUCCCUGUAUUGGUCCAAUAUUGUGAGAUGGACGUCUUCUCUUAUUUAGCCAAUAUGUCUAUUUAGAAAUGUGAUCUAAUAUCGGUCUAAUAUUCUCAUUACAUUGUUAAAUAUUGGCCAACGUAUUUCCAGCAUGAAUCUACUAUUAUAUAAUCAUUAUUGUGCAACAUUUACAUUUAUUCCAAUAUUGCAUGUACGUUGGACAAAAUCGGCCAAUAAAUUUCUAAUAUAACCGACAUUGGGCCAAUGUUUAGCCAAUGUUUAACCAAUGCACUGUGCUACUAGGGGUACGGUCCUGGAGGCGGUGUGUGUGCAGUCGGAAGCGACGCCAACCGCGCAUGUGAACAGGGAGCCGCGCGGGCGCCUGGUGCUCCGUCUCGCCUCGGUCCUCUCGCAUCUCUUCUUUUUUUUUCCUCGACGUCGUCGAUCCGGGCGUGCUAUCCCGUACGUCGUCCGCCAGCUUACUAUCGCACGACUCUACGCGACUUUGCACGCGCGAGCUGAAGCCGCGUGCGGGCUUUGACCGCGUCGCGGUUCUCGUUUCACUGUGCAUCGCAUUGACCCGGCGGUGUCGUCCAUCCACCGCGUCGCGGCAGACGGUCCUUGGCUACGCAAGCCUCCGACACGUGCGUGCGUGCGAGCGUGCGUGGUGCGACGCACGCGCGCGACGGGGACGCGGGGCGACCGAGCAGCGACGGCGACGUCGGCGACGAGGUAGCGCCAGGCCGGGGAGUCGCGUCGCCGGAUUUCCAGAGCCGCGGCUCGAGUCCGUCGAGGAAGUCGCGCACCAGGUGCGCCUUCGUCCAGCGCUUCGUCGCGCGACCGACCACGAGAAAAACUGGAGCUUGCGUGGCGGAGAAGAAAAAUCCUCAACGUCGCGCCUGACUAAUACUAAUGCUGUAUCCCUGGAAAAACUAUCGGGAACAAUCGAUCCAGGAAGUGCUCCGAUCGGGGACACCGCGUACUUCUCUCACGUGCAACGCGCGUCGUCCCACGUGUCGCCGGGUGCAAUAAUGGCAAAGUCGGGGGCUGCUUCGUGAUUUUUAUACUAGAUACUAACACGUGAGUCACGCGACGCGUAUACGGUGUUGACACGAACGGACAUCGUGUACGAGUUUCGCUGAAAAUCUCGAUCGACAAAACGCAUUAGUCGCGCGUCCGGUUCUUCCGCUGACACUGUCCAGUAUACGAUCAUGCAUCCGAUAAUAUUACUGUCGACAUUGGUGGCCUUCGUCACCGCCGAGAGUAUUCUAAUGACAGAGGUCUUUGUCAUUCCCAUCAGACCCGAGACUUUCGAUUGGAGCGCAGAUGGGCACUCCGAUCAAUUUUCGUAUCAACCCUCCUUGCUGAACGCCCCCGAUCUCCCGUCAUGGAUACAUUACACCUACAGCAAGAAGGAUCAUCAUGGUUUUCUAUACGGCGUCGCGCCCAAGGAUCAAAAGUAUUUUCAGCUGGAGAUCGUGGGGUUGAACAAACACACCUACGAAACCCGUUACAAAGUGCUCGACAUGAACGUGCUCGAGAGAGAGAAUCUGACCAAGUACGAGGUGCACCUGAAGAUUGACAAUCUCAACGUGGAAGACAUGUUCGAUCGCAAUCGCACUCAAAAGCUCCUCGAUAUAUUCAGGAAAAAAUUAUGGAAAGGCGCCGCGGACUUGUACGUGACUUUCUUGGCGUCCGCGAUUGAACUCGGAGCUCGUUUACCCCUGAAGCCCAGCGAAGGCGAAGGAGUCGUCGUGAGGCUGGGCAGCACGGUGCCGUUCUCGCAGGAAUUAAAUGAAUUGCAGGAGGAAGUGAAGCCGCUGUGGAAAAUGCCGUCGUGCCCCAGAGACUUCAAGAGGACCAGCGUAGAAAUACUCUUCCGAGAGGCCGAGUUCAGAUUGGAUUGGUGUUCCUUUAGAUUGCUGGAGGAAGAUCAGCAGAGUCUACAGCACGAGAGCGCACGGAGGGGCCCCAGCGCGAACGUCGUGGGUCUACCCUCGUCGGGCAUCUCCGAGCACACGGAGUGGCGGUGGGCCCGUUCGACGAAGGCCAGCAUACCAACGAGAAGCUACUUCAAGGAAAUCGCCACCACGAUUUUCGUGCCGGUCGUGCUGCUCCUCGUGCUGGGAGCCUUACUCAGCACCGCUUUCUGUCUGCAUCACGAGAAAAUGACGGAUCCGGAGUCGGAUGAAUAUUUCGACCAGCUCUUUAAUAUUUUCCUUUUGAGAGAACAACCCGGCAGCGAGAAGCGGGAGCCUACGCCGGGGGAAGGAGUCGGGAACAACGGGAUACAAAUGGUGCAGUACGCCAUGUCGGAGAGAGGCACUCUGAAAUCCCUGUCAGCUCAGCCGUCGAGCCCGAACGACUCUCUGUCGCGAAGUCCAAGGACCUCCGGUGAACGCUCCAACCCGUACGUUCGUCCAAAUCCGCCGCCUUACGUCGGGCCGAGUAACUUCGCCGGUCUACGCGCCGAUUUCUGACUAUACGAGCAGCCCGCGAAAACCUGGUUCUGCUAAGUGAAAUAUAGUUCGCGGGUGGCUCUCAGGCCUCGACACGUGCCGGAGGAAGGUGCGCGUCGUGUAUAUUGCAGACUCAUCGAAACCGGCUCCGAAAUUUGCAACUUGAAUCACAUCAAAUACGCACGUCAUUUAUUGUCGGUAACCAUAAACACGCAUUGCGUCACGCUUUCCGAGCAAUAUAUCAGCGCUUGCUCGGCGGUCCCCUUCUCGGCAGGCCGAUUUGCAUUUAAGAAAUUUUUCGGAAUCUUCCGAUCGGAUAGAAUAGAUAUACGCGCGUUGCAAACAUUGUAAAAUUACAUAGAGGAGUGUUCCUCGCGCGCAGCGUCGUACACGAAUACUCGCGUCAAUCAAAUAAAUCCAGAUCCGGUUCUAAGCGGAGCCGGGUGCAAACAAAGAACAAAUUCGAGGCUUGUUUUCUGUUCCUACACUAGUGAACUAGUGCAAUAAAUUGGAGUAAGACAAGCAUAUUUUUUCUCAUUCUAGCUUACUGCACUAGUUCACCAGUGCAGGAACAGAAAACAAACUCUCGGUCACUUGGAAAGCGGGACCGAUCAAACCGCGGGACCGCGUGCGACGCACCGGUUGCACGCGUCUAACCCGGCCCUGAAUAAAUCUGCGAGAUAUCUAGACAUCUCUAGUAGUACAGUGCAUUGACCAAACAUUGGUUAAACAUUGGCCCAGUAUUUGCUUGUAUUGGGCCAAUGUUUAGCCAAUGCACUGAAUCAGAUCCCUAGUAGCACAAUGGAUUGGCUAGACAUUGGCCCUAUAUUGGUUAUAUUGAAAAUACAUUGACCAGUAUUUCCCAAUGUAAAGCCAAUAUUGGCCAUGAAAUAAAGGCAAACAUUGCACAAUAAUUAUACAAUGAUAGAUUUAUAUGCAUUGGUCAAUAUUUAGUAAUACAAUGCGAAUAUUAGUCCAAUAUUAGUUAUAUUGAAAAUGCAUUGGCUAGUAUUUCUCAAUGUAAAGCCAAUAUUAGCCACGGAAUAAACGCAAACGUUGCACAAUAAUAAUUAUAUAACGUUAGAUUUAUAUGCAUUGGCCAGUAUUUCUCAAUGUAAAACCAAUAUUGGCCACGGAAUAAAUGCAAACGUUGCACAAUAAUAAUUAUACAACCAUAGAUUUAUAUAGGAAAUGCAAAGUGGCUAAUAUGUAGCAAUAUAAUGUGGAUAUUGGUCCAAUAUUAGUUAUAUUGAAAAUACAUUGGCCAUUUCUCAAUGUUAAGCCAAUAUUGGCCACGAAAUAAAUGCAAACGUUGCACAAUAAUAAUUAUAUAACAGAUUUAUAUGGGAAAUGCAUUGGCCAAUAGUUGGCAAUAUAAUGUGAAUGUUGGUCUAACAUUGUUUUAAUAUUGAUACAAUAUUAUGCCAAUAUUGCUAAGUAGACACACCGGCUGAAUAAGAGGAGGCGUCCAUCUCAAUAUUGCGACCAAUGUUGCGAAUAUUAGACUUACACAUUUCCCAAUGUUGCGCCAAUAUAUUGUGCUACUAGGGAUCGCUGCUCGAGCGUACUUUGCGUGAAAUACUGUGUAACAUACAAGACUGUACGUAAUAAUAACAAUCGUAGGCAAGUUUGUAUUGAGAAAAUAAACGUGUAACCCCGGAA